UCUAAAAAUCCUUUCUUUUGGCCUUUUUUUCUUGAAGCUACGAAUCAAUGAAUAUGACAUGAUUGUUUAAAUGUAUUGAAAAGAAGUGUGCGAGAAACUUAUAAUUAAAUAAAGUUUCCACUUCAUGGAUUCUAAGUGAACGACAGCGAAUUAAUUAUUUGAUAUUUACACGAUAACGUUAAUCGUAACGUUGUAAGCCCGAAAAUGGCAUCGAUUUUCAAUGUUUUGCUGCGAAAAUCCCCAAAUUUAAGCCAAUCUACAGCUCUAUUUAAGAAUUUACCAGCAGUUUACAAUGUGAAUUCUCAAAGAAAUGCGCAUCGAUGGAUGCCUGAUGCGGAGUAUGUUAAGCAAUUUGAAGGGGCUGUAAUGUACCCUGAUGAAGUUACAUCGCUUAUGAAACAUUUGCCUUACAACAGCAUUAUUGCACCAACUGAAAAGCAGGUGCGCAACAUGGUGCUGAACUUUGGCCCCCAGCACCCUGCAGCCCACGGUGUACUCCGACUUGUUUUGGAGCUGGAUGGUGAGACGGUGAGAGCAGCUGAUCCCCAUAUUGGUCUUCUACACCGUGGCACUGAGAAACUGAUUGAAUACAAGACAUAUACCCAGGCAUUGCCUUACUUUGACCGUCUUGACUACGUCUCCAUGAUGUGUAAUGAACAAUGCUUCAGCUUAGCUGUUGAAAAACUAUUGAACAUUGAUAUACCUAUUCGAGCUAAGUAUAUUAGAACCUUGUUUUGUGAGUUGACACGUAUCAGGAACCACAUAAUGGCGGUGGCGACACAUGCUCUGGAUAUUGGAGCGUUGACUCCAUUGUUCUGGCUGUUUGAGGAGAGAGAGAAGUUAAUGGAACUGUACGAGAGAGUCAGUGGAGCUCGUAUGCACGCGGCGUAUAUACGACCAGGUGGUGUGGCACUGGACAUGCCAUUAGGUCUUAUGGACGAUAUCUAUGAAUUUGCUUCUAAAUUCUCUGAGCGUCUGGAUGAGGUGGAGGAUUUGCUCACCACCAACAGAAUCUGGGUGCAGCGGACCAAGGACAUUGGAGUGGUCACCGCUGAGGAUGCUCUUAACUAUGGCUUUAGUGGCGUGAUGCUGCGAGGCUCCGGUAUCAAGUGGGAUCUUCGCAAGGCUCAGCCCUACGAUGCCUACCACCUGGUGGACUUCGACGUGCCUAUUGGAACUAAAGGCGAUUGCUAUGAUAGGUACUUAUGUCGCGUGGAGGAGAUGCGUCAGUCUCUGCGCAUCGUGGACCAGUGCCUCAACCAGAUGCCGCCAGGAGAAGUGAAGACGGAUGACGCUAAGCUGACGCCGCCCGCCAGAGAGGAAAUGAAGACGUCGAUGGAAGCGCUGAUCCACCACUUCAAGCUGUUCUCGCAAGGGUACCAGGUGCCGCCGGGCUCCACCUACACCGCCAUCGAAGCGCCCAAGGGGGAGUUCGGCGUCUACCUCGUCUCUGACGGCGGCUCCAAGCCCUACAGAUGCAAGAUCAAGGCGCCCGGAUUCGCUCACUUGGCCGCUUUAGAGAAAGUGGGCAGGAACUCUAUGUUAGCCGACAUUGUCGCCAUUAUUGGAACACUCGACAUCGUGUUUGGAGAAGUUGAUCGAUAAUUUAACGAAUUAUAGUUGAAAUCAAGUGUAGAAAUGUAUAAUUUUUAUUUGUAAGCAAUAAAUUAUUAAGGAAAACACUUUUUUUUAAUAAUUAUUUCACUACAAAUAAUGUUGCUAUAAUAAAUAGUGUUGCAAGUA